AUGUUAUCUAGGUCAACAAGCCGCUGCUUUUCAAAAGCUAAUACGAUUAGAUUGGCUAGGUCUUUCCAUAAGUCGACCAUUUGUCUUGAUGCUGCUGUCGUGUCGGGAACUUUAUUAGCCAAAUCUAUUAGAUCUAAAAUCGCCGAGAAGGUCGUUACUUACAAUACUAAGAACUUCAAAGAUUUUGAUGCUAGCAAUAUUAACUUCGAUAACUUGAAGUUCAGACCAAAUUUGACUAUUAUUCAAGUCGGAGGGAGACCGGACUCCUCAGCUUAUGUGAAGGCAAAAUUAAAAGCCGCUAAAUCAUCUAAUAUCCUGUCCAACUUAUUGAAAUUUGAAGAAGAUAUUUCUGAAGAAGACUUGUUAGAUGAAAUCGACAGAUUGAACAAAGAUCCUAAGGUGAAUGGUUUAUUAAUCCAGUUGCCAUUGCCAAAGCAUAUUAAUGAAACUCUUAUUACUAAUGCUGUUGCUACCGAAAAAGAUGUUGAUGGGUUUGCUCGUUACAAUGUAGGUGAAUUAACCAAAAAAGGUGGUACACCAAUGUUUAAGCCUUGCACACCAAAUGGUAUAAUGGAAUUGAUUAAAACUACAGGUAUCAGUUUACGUGGUAAGAAUGCUGUUGUACUUGGUCGUUCUGAUAUUGUUGGUACGCCGGUUGCUGCCAUGUUAAGAAAUGAAGAUUGUACAGUUACCAUUUGUCAUCGUCACACUUAUGACUUACCUUCGGUAGUUAGAAAUGCUGAUAUUAUAGUUGCUGCUGUUGGUAUUCCUGAAUACGUUAAGGCGGACUGGGUGAAGGAAAAUGCUGUCGUUAUUGACGUUGGUAUUAAUUAUAAAAGUGACCCUCAAUCAGCAAAAGGUAGAAAGUUAGUUGGUGAUGUUGAUUAUGAAUCUGUAAUAAAGAAGGCUGGUUUUGUUACACCUGUUCCAGGUGGUGUAGGACCAAUGACUGUGGCAAUGUUAUGCUCUAAUGUUUAUGAUGCUGCUGUUUUACAAGCAGAAAAAGCUCAUGAGCAUGCAUUUAGUCCAUUACCUCUCGAUAUGAAGGAACCUGUUCCUUCAGAUAUUGAAAUUUCGAGAGCUCAAAAGCCAAAGAAAAUUACUAAAGUUGCCCAAGAAUUAGGUUUAUUAGAAAGAGAAAUGGAGCCAUAUGGACAUUAUAAAGCUAAGGUUGAUCCAAAAAUGGUUAUUAAACGUUUAGACGAGCAAGUUGAAGGUUCAGUAUCUGACAGAGGUAAUUAUGUUUUAGUUGCAGGUAUUACGCCAACUCCUUUAGGUGAGGGUAAAAGUACAACUACGGUUGGUUUAACCCAAGCUUUGGGUGCUCACUUAGGAUAUAAUUCUAUUGCAAAUGUCCGUCAACCAAGUAUGGGGCCAACUUUUGGUGUUAAGGGAGGUGCUGCAGGAGGUGGUUAUGCUCAGGUUAUUCCAAUGGAUGAAUUCAAUAUGCAUUUAACCGGUGAUAUCCAUGCAAUUUCUGCAGCUCAAAAUUUAUUGUGUGCAGCCGUUGAUACUAGAAUGUUUCAUGAACAUACUUCUAAAUCUGUGGGUGGUUUCUUCAAAAGAUUGGUUCCAUCUAAGAAGGGAAAAAGAGCUUUUACUAACUCUAUGUUGAAGAGAUUAGAAAAAUUGGGUAUCACAAAGACUAAUCCAGACGAAUUAAAUGAGACCGAAAUUGAAGAAUUCUCUAUCUUAAACAUCGAUCCAGAAUCUAUUACAAUCAAGAGAGUUGUGGACUGUAAUGAUAGAUUUGUCCGUGAAAUUACUAUUGGCCAAGGUAAGAACGAAAUAGGUAAGUUUCCUCCACGUAAAACUGGUAUGGAUAUCACCGUUGCUUCAGAAUUGAUGGCUAUUUUGGCAUUGUCUACGUCAUUAAGUGACUUGAGAGAAAGAGUUGGAAGAAUUGUUGUAGGAACCCAAAAGGAGACCGGAGUUGCCAUUACUUGCGAGGAUGUUGGUUGUGCCGGUGCAAUUACUGCUUUAUUGAAAGAUGCAAUCAAACCUAACUUGAUGCAAACUUUGGAAGGUACCCCAGUUUUUGUUCACGCAGGUCCAUUUGCUAACAUAUCAAUUGGUGCUUCUUCUGUUAUUGCAGAUCAAUUGGGUUUAAAACUUACUUCUCCAUCUAAUCCUAUAAAUAAUGGGCAAAAAGGUUUUGUUGUUACUGAAGCCGGAUUUGAUUUCACCAUGGGUGGUGAAAGGUUCUUCAACAUUAAAUGCAGAGCAUCUGGAUUUAAGCCUGAUACUGUCGUUUUGGUUGCCACAUCUCGUGCUUUGAAGUUACAUGGUGGUGCUCCUGACGUUAAACCAGGUCAACUGUUACCAAAAGAGUAUACUACGGAAAACUUAGAGUACUUAAAGAAGGGAUGUGCUAAUUUGGCGAAGCAAAUUUCAAAUAUCAAACAAUACGACGUUCCAGUAGUCGUUGCUAUCAAUCAAUUUGAAACAGAUUCCGCAUCUGAAGUUGAUCUCAUUAAACAAGAGGCAAUCAAGGCAGGUGCAGACUAUGCCGUUCCUUCCAACCACUGGUCUAAAGGUGGUCUUGGUGCUGUCGAAUUAGCUGAUGCAGUUUCUGAAGCAGUAACUUUAGCAAAUCCAAAGCAGAAAUUCUUAUAUGACGUGAAUAGUUCUGUGGAAGAUAAAUUAUUAGCUAUAGCUACCAAAAUGUAUGGUGCUUCUUCUAUUGAGUUAUCUCCAUUGGCAAAACAACAAAUUGAAACCUAUACUCAACAAGGAUAUGAUAAAUUGCCAAUUUGCAUUGCUAAGACUCAAUAUUCUUUGUCUCAUGACCCUUCAUUGAAGGGUGUACCAACAGGUUUCACUGUUCCUAUUAGAGAAGUUAGAUGUUCGGCUGGGGCAGGUUAUUUAUACGCCUUAGCAGCUGAAAUCAUGACUAUCCCUGGUUUACCAACACAUGCUGGAUUUAUGAACGUCGAAGUCAAUGACGACGGUGAAAUAGAAGGUUUAUUUUAA